AUGUCAGUAUUGGAUUUUAAGCCUGAAAUUUGGACCUGCUCGGCAAAUGAAGCUUUGAAAAUCUCACUGGUGAGUGAGAAUGCCAUUCAGUUCCCACCGGCAUUUACAUAUCCCAUCUAUGGUGACGCUGAACAAAUAUUUGGUUAUAAAGAUUUGAUUAUUCAUUUGGUUUUUGACUCAGUGACGUUCAAACCAUUUGUCAAUGUCAAGUAUUCAGAUAAAUUGAAAGAUGAUGCAGAGGAUGUAGAGCGCAAACUAUUGAACUUCCUUCCUAAGGGAGAUGUAAUAACAAAAGACGAGGCCAAAUGGGUGGAUGCUUUUCAUGAGGAGCAACAGAGUUUUUCUUUACCCUCAGACGAGUUCAAGGUAUCAGAGUAUGAAAAUGAAGGAACCCAAUUUGUCGUAUACAAGCAAAGCAUAAAAGAAGAUUUUACUAAGAAGUUACAUCGCCGAGUACAAAUCUUUACACUUUUGUUCAUCGAGGCAGCUUCUUAUAUUGAUGAAACUGAUGAUAACUGGGAAAUUUAUUGGGUUUUCAAUAACGACACAAAACAAUGCAUAGGUUUCGUCACUACCUAUAAAUAUUGGAAAUAUUUAGGAGCCGCUCAGUUUGAUGAUUCCGAAGAUAUUAAAUUCAGGGCUAAGAUAUCCCAAUUCCUCAUUUUUCCACCUUACCAACACAAAGGCCACGGAUCAUUACUGUACAAGACUUUAGUAGACUCUUGGCAUCAAAACGAUGAUAUUUUAGAGAUUACAGUGGAAGACCCAAAUGAAAGCUUUGAUGAUUUAAGAGAUCGCAAUGAUCUGGAAAGAUUGUAUAAGGAAAAAUUUUUUGAUCUAGUCCCAGAACAAGGUGAAAUAUCAGAACAAUGGAUUGAGGCCGAACGUAGAAAGUAUAAAUUGGAGAAAAGACAAUUUCAUCGUCUGAUUGAAAUGAUACUGGCAUACAAAAAUUCAGAAAACUACCGGUUGCAGGUCAAAAAGCGGUUAUAUACUAAAAAUUUUGACGCACUAUAUGACAUGGGGGAAGAUGAUCGGAAAGACGCCUUGCAGAAAUCUUUCAUACUUCUUUCUGACGACUACAAGCGUAUAAUAUCCUCAUGCAGUUUCUUGAAACACGGUUUAGAAUCACCCUCUGACGGGCAAGACACCAAGAAGCCGAAGAGAGUUUAA